UGUUGAGCUGUCUAUAGCAAAGCUCUUAACAUGAGGAAGUGACUGACUUUAAGGUACACUCCUGUCAAGAUGGCACCGAGUGGACUGAAAGCGGUAGUUGGAGACAAAAUCCUCACUGGUGUCAUCAAGAGUGUAAAGAAAGAAGGGGAAUGGAAGGUUUUAAUUGUGGAUCACAUGACCAUGAGAAUUCUGUCCUCAUGCUGCAAGAUGUCGGACAUUUUGGCUGAGGGUGUGACUAUUGUGGAAGACAUCAACAAACGCAGGGAGCCAAUUGCAAGUUUGGAGGCCAUCUAUUUGAUCACACCCGUGAAGAAGUCAAUUGAUGCCCUAAUCAACGAUUUUAAAGAUGCAGCAUUUACUUACAAAGCAGCACACAUCUUCUUCACUGACACCUGUCCUGACAGUCUCUUUGCUGAGAUUGGGAAAUCCAGAGUUGCCAAGUUUGCCAAGACUUUAAAAGAGAUCAAUGUUGCAUUCCUGCCCUAUGAGUCUCAGGUAUUCUCCCUGGAUGAUCCAACUUCUUUGUCCUCAUUCUACAGCAAAGAGAAAAGCAGUGACAGAAGCAAAAUGAUGGAAAAUGUUGCAGAACAGAUUGCAACACUGUGUGACACACUUAACGAGUAUCCUGCAAUCCGAUACCGCAAGGGACUGGAAGAAAACGCUAAACUGGCUGAAGAGGUCUACCAGCGCCUUAAUGCUCACAAAGCAGACAACCCAAAAAUGGGGGAGGGUCCAGAUAAGGCACGAUCCCAACUGCUGAUUGUUGAUCGUGGAUUUGAUCCCAUCUCGCCUGUUCUGCAUGAGCUGACCUUCCAAGCAAUGGCUUAUGACUUGUUAGAUAUCAAACAAGACAUAUAUACUUACCAGUCAACUGGCAUUGGGAAUUCAAAAGCAAGAGAAGUGCUACUGGAUGAAGAUGAUGAGCUCUGGGUUCAACUCAGGCAUAUGCACAUCGCAGAUGUAACAAAGAAAGUGACAGAACUACUUCGCACCUUUUGCGAAAGCAAGAGAAUGUCUACUGAUAAUGCCAAUAUUAAAGACCUUUCUCAGAUGUUAAAGAAGAUGCCACAGUAUCAGAAGGAGCUCGGCAUGUACUCUACUCAUUUGCAUUUAGCCGAAGCCUGCAUGACCAAAUUCAAAUCAUCUCUUGAUAAACUGUGUGAAGUGGAGCAGGACCUGGUAAUGGGAGAAAAUGCAGAGGGGGAAGCUCUAAAAGAUGCCAUGAAGAGCAUUGUUCCUGUUCUGCUCGACAAUGAAAUUGGGGCUUAUGACAAAAUCCGCAUCAUUCUGCUGUACAUUUUCCACAAGAAAAAAGGCAUUGGGCAGGAGAACCUUACCAAGCUCAUCCAGCAUGCCAACAUUUCGCAGGAAGACAGCAAAAUUAUCUACAACAUACAAAACCUUGGCUGUAACAUUAUAACUGGGGGCCGCAAUGCUGGCAACAUGCUGCCAGAGCGCAAGGAACGAAAAGAGAGUACCUACCAACUCUCUAGAUGGGCACCCAUCAUCAAGGACAUCAUGGAGAAUGUCAUAGAAGACAAACUGGAUAAGAAACAGUGGCCCUUCAUCUCUAAUCCAGCACCAAUUAACACGACUCAGACUGCAGUCAGCAGUGCGCGUUUUGGAAACUGGCACAAAAAUAAGUCUCCAACAGAAUAUUGCUCUGGUCCUCGCUUGAUUGUUUUUGUGGUUGGAGGGGUGUCGCACUCAGAGAUGCGUUCUGCUUAUGAAGUCACUCGAAGCACUGAGGGAAAGUGGGAAGUGCUUAUCGGAUCCUCUCACAUCUUGACUCCAACCACCUUCCUUAAUGACUUGAAGGGUCUGGAAUAAAUUUCCCAUUUAUAUCUUGGUCCCUAAGUAGGUAAAAGCACAAGGAAUAACGGAAAGGUUUUUCAUUUGACUGGUUUCUGGUAUGCUGUCUUUUAUAUUGUAUUAACUUAAUUUGAAUAUGAAGAUAACCUAUAGAAUGUAACUGUGGAAGGAAAUAGCUUAUCCUUUAAUUCACUCUUAUUUUAUUAUGGAUGUAUUUUUGCCUGGAUUAAACGCUUUUGUUCUAGCGACUAGAAAUGUAAUAAAUAUUUAUAUAGAUGCAUGCAUUUUGAUUAACCUGUUAACCAAAAAUCCUGUUUGGUUUGGCAAGAUUGUUACUUUUAUAUCGCAUGAUGCAAUUAGUGAAAUUGUGAUUUACUGAGAUGACAGUUAAAGAAAAAGAAUGAAAAAGAUUGAUAGCUGUUAGGGUUGUUUUCAUAUGUAGGUAAUUGUAUCUUAGAAUCUCAACUGCUGUAAUGAAAUAUUUUUGAAGUAUUGCACAACUAAAUUAAUAUAUUGAUGGAAAUAUGUAGAGUGGGUGUUUUGUGUCUCUGUUCAAUAAAAAUAAAAUCUUCAAAUGUU